AUGGCCAAAGAGGAGCCGGAUGAGUGGGCUGAGCAGAUAGGAAAUGCCAACAGGUUGUGCAGCCAGAAGAGCCCGGACAUCUCACUUCGAUCUUUCCAGUCGCGACUGGCACAGUGGCGCGAGCAAUGCCUUAGAUUUCAAUCCUCUGGCGAGACGUGGGCGCCCACGAAACCCUGUUGUCCAGCGUGUCCCUAUCUGGGGUUGGAAGCUAUUCUCUGGCAAGGCUGCAAGAAGCACGAGCCGACGCCGUGUGUGCAACUCCUCAGCAUACAGGAGUUGCUUGAGUUGUAUGAGUUCUUCCGCGAGAACCCGCAGCAUGGCUUUUUCGAGGAUUCCGGAUCUGAACCACGGCUCGAUGUUGGAUGUGAUUUGCAGAUGCGCCCCUGGAUACGUGAUCUGCCGCGAGUUCGCGCGGGCGGUGGCUAUGAACUCGCGGAGGACGGGAUGCUGAAGCUCUCGCCGAGCUCAGGCUCCGCUGCCCAGUUCCACGAGGGCUCCACGGAGCCCGGCGAGAAACAUUCAGAGGCCGUCGAGCCGAGACCGGGCGGCCCGGCUCCUAAAAGGCAAAGGGCUGGAAACCGGCAGGCGCAGCCCAGGGACACAGCCACCAAGAAGAGAGCUCAUGGGAGCACAACCAAGGUCAGCGGGAAA